UUUACAGUACAAAUGGGUUUUCCCCUUCUGUCAUAUCAUUGUGAGAGAUAUAGAUUGUACUACUAGUGUAGGAAACUAGUUUGUUACUAAAAUUCGUACGAUUUGGUAAAAGGUCCCAGUUUACAACUUGGGAAUUGAGCACACAUUGAAAUGACUGAAAGCUCAAUUCUCUUUUCGCGAUAGUUAAAUAUCCGUUCAUGUUCUCUAAGAAUGCAACAACCAAUUAGUAAUAGCAGUCCCUACUCACCUGAAUCAUCACAUUCCUCGAGCUCACCUUUAAGCCACAGCUACUCUAGCGGAAAUUCACCCAUAAUGUGUGCCUCACCAAACAAUGCCUACCUAGUUACAGGGAAUUUGCCAAAUUCUGUUGCUGCCAGGCAAGCGAGACUAUCCCCAUGUCUAUCAAUACUUAAUCAACCACAGAGCAAAUUUAGAUUCCGCUAUGCAUCGGAAAUGACAGGAACCCAUGGAUGUCUUAUGGCUGAAAGCAAAGAGCGGAACAAAAAAGAGUACAUCAGAAUUCAACUGGAAGGCUGUCAAGAAAGAGAAGCCAUUAUUCGCUGUACGUUGGUCACCAACAGCCCGAAACCUGUUCCACACGUACACCGACUAGGAGGAGAAGGAAACUCCAAUGGUAACGAAGGAGAAUUCCAAGAAAUUGUUGUUUCCGCCAGUAAAAAUGAUUGGAUUGCAACGUUUUCGGGUCUAACAAUUAUACACACAGCAAAGAAACAAGUCCGUGAAGUAGUUGAAAGGCGUUUAAUAACUGAAAUGGGAAAUAUACCAAUUAAUCGUAAUCAAGGCCAACAGUUAAAAGACGAAGCAGACAAGAUAGCCAAUACAAUGGACCUUCAUUCAGUUAAACUCAAAUUUGAGGCCUUUGUGGAGCGAAAUGGUUUCCGUGAGCAAAUUGGUGUACCUGAAUAUUCACAUGCCAUUCACAACCUUAAAAGCACCCAUGCUGGAGAUCUACGAAUAGUACGAAUUGAUAAGGUCUACAGCUGUUGCACAGGACAAGAAGAGAUAUUCAUCUUUGUGGAGAAAGUCAAUAAAAAAGACAUCAAAAUUCGCUUCUUUGAGACAGACGAAAACGACCUGGAAAUAUGGAGCGCUUUUGCCGAUUUCUCUGAACUGGAUGUCCAUCAUCAAUAUGCUAUUGCAUUCAAGACUCCUCCGUAUCAAGAUCCGAAUAUUCAGUCCGACGUAACAGUACAGUUCCAGUUGUAUCGUCCCAGUAAUCAAUCUACGAGUGAAGCGAAAUCGUUUACUUAUACGCCCCGCGAAAGAGUUGGCAUGAAGCGACCGCGUCGGGAUAUUCCCGUGAACUCUGAUUGCCAUACCAACAAAAGAGACUACAAUCCGACUAGGACACUGCCACAUGACGACUCGUCCAACCCGUCCAACCCGGUUACUUCUUUCGCAUUUCGUAACAAUGGCCUUUCCGGAGAUAAAAGCAGCAAUCAAGAAUCGGCUACGUUCAGAGGCCAAGAAAUUAAAAGUUUUCAGAACUUGAUGGGAAAUCCUUCUAAUAUGGUCGAAAAUGCGCCACUGAUGGAGCCAUUUAAUUCUAUGCAUCUACAUGCAUCCCUACCCGAACAACCAUGGCCAACGAUACAGACAGCACCAAUGCCUUAUUCUCAUGUGAAUCCUCAACAAUGGCGACCCCAGGCGCCCCAGAGAAUUACCAAUGACGACUUGCUAAGAAUACCAAUUGAUUCGGGGAUGACGCCACUUGAAAAUGAAAAUUACCCCUGGCCAGAAAUCAAUCUUGAACAAGUUGAUGACUUCCUUCUAGCAGAACUUCUGAAAUUGGACGACUAUGGAUCCGAUGCUUCCGGAUCAAGAAGUGAAACUCUAACCCCUCAGUUGAAACGCAUGGCAAUAUCGGCAAGAAAGUCUCCUUCCAUCGAAGCUUUAAAGCCUACCCUUAAGGUCCCAUCCACAAUUACAACAACGUCCAAUCUAAUGUCUGCGUAUUCGAUCAACAUGGCUCGCGCCGUACGUUGGUAUGCGACGACGGGAGAUUUGGGUCACAUUCUAACACGCAUGCGACAUCUUAUGGCGAUGCAGAGUGACGAUGGGGAUAACGCACUUCACGAUGCCCUUAUUCAUAAUCAAACUGACGUCGUACGCACUAUACUCCACGCGGCAUCUUACCAUAACAUGGAGCUGGAAUUCGUCAACGCCCAAAACAAUGCGAAUCUUGCACCUUUACACAUUGCCGUUCUUAAAAACCAAACUGAAGCAACGGCCUUGUUAUUACAAAGUGGUGCAAAUCCUGGUUUGGCAGAUGCUAAUGGAAAUACUCCCGUCCAUCUCGCUGCUAUGGACAAAAACCUGUUUGAUUGCCUUAAACUACUUCUUAAUACCUCCGUCUGGAAGCCAGCUUAUGUGUCAAAAUUGAAUGCGAGGAAUUACGCAGGUCUUACCCCCCUACAUAUAGCAGUUAACGCGCUGAAUAUUAAAGGUGUAGAAUUACUGCUUUCCAAAGGAGUGGAUGUCAACUGCCAUGAUACCAAGCGUGGCAGAUCAGCCUUACAUUUAGCCGUAAAGAAACGGUCUGAAGAGAUGGUGGCCUUGUUGCUUUGUUAUGCAUCGGUGAACGUGAAUAUGCAAAGCUAUGAUGGGAUGACGGCUCUACAUCUGGCCGUAAUUGACGAACUUGAUAACAUUUGUGCGUUAUUGGUAAACUCCGGUGCGGAUCCGACAAUCUUAAACUACGUGAGUUCUUCCACAUCAUCAGAAAAUGAAGAAUAUGGUGAAAGUGAAAGUGAAAAUGUGACGGAAGACAGCGCAGAGACAGGCCAGAGUCCGUUAGAUUUGGCACAGUGCAAUUUGACGAUAGCAAAAGUUUUACUUGAUGGUUCCAAACAACUGUUAACUUCCGGUGCUAUUCCUGAAACUGUAGGCGGGGAAGGAGAAAAGCCGGUUGCAGAAGAUGGGAAUUCAAACUGCAUGAUAAUGGAUUCAGGAAUUGAUUUGAUGGCUAGUAAAGAAUUGCCGAAAGAACUGGACAAACGCGUUAUAAGCGAGUUGGCUGGUAUCUUAGAUUCACCCAAUAAAGAGUGGGAAAAACUGGCCGACAGUCUGGAUCUCUUAUUGAGCAUGCAGACCGUUUUGGACAAACAACCCAGCCCGACAACUUAUCUCCUUUCAAAUAUGGACCUUUGGGAAGUAUCAACUCAAGUUGUUUUGGAGAAACUACAAUUUCUAAAAUUCACAGAUGCAGCGGAAGUUCUGGAAAAAUAUUUGGCGACAUAGCUAAAGAAGGAAAGAACGACGCCCCAUCAUGGCUGAUAGAUAGAUGUAUUUCGUUUACCUUCAUUUGACAAAUUGUCAAGCUGGAAUUUUUUAGAAAAUUGAAUUAUCUUCCAUGCUUACAGACCCAGGCUAUACGGUAUACGUCGGGACCAAAGUUAGUUUUCAAUAGUUUAUAGAGAUGGUGUUGGAGUAAAACCACGACAAAAAAUUUUCAGCUUUAUAUUGUUGGCACUACUUAUAAUUAAAUACAGAAUGAUUGUUGUAAUCUUAA